CCCCGGGACCCCCAGACCCUGGCCAGGCUGCCCCCCAGGGAGAUCCGGCGCCAGGAGGUCAUCAACGAGCUGUUCCUGACGGAGCACGCCCACGUUCGGAUGCUGCGGGUGCUGCUCGAGGGGUUUUUCCAGCCCAUGCUCCGCGAGGGUUUCUUCGACGAGCAGGAGCUCUCCAACAUCUUCCCCAGCCUCGAGGACCUCGUGGAGGUUCACACUUUGUUCCUCGACAGCCUCAAGAGGCUGCGGGAGGAGAGCGGCUUCGUCAUCGGCCCCAUCGGGGACGUCCUGCUGGCCAGGUUCGAGGGCACCGAGGGCAGUUGGUUCCAGAAGAUCUCAGCCCGGUUCUGCAGCCGCCAAAGCUUCGCCCUCGAGCAGCUCAAGGCCAAGCAGAGGAAGGACACCCGGUUCAACCAGUUCAUCCAGCCCCCCUGUGCCCCCAGGAGGCCGAGCCGCCCCCGGUGCCGGCGGCUGCAGCUCAAGGACAUCAUCCCCACCGAGAUGCAGCGGCUCACCAAGUACCCCCUGCUGCUGCUCAGCAUCACCAAGUGCUCUGAGCCGUCUCCGGACCGCGCCAAGGUGGAGCAGGCGGCCGAGUGCUGCCGCCAGAUCCUCAACCACGUCAACCAGGAGGUCCGGGACAUGGAGAACCUCAUGAAACUCAAGGAUUACCAGCGGCGCCUCGACCUCUCCAACCUGAAGCAGAUCACGGACCCUCUGCUGAGCGAGUUCAAGAACACGGACAUCACCAAGCGCACUCUGGUGCACGAGGGGCCCCUCACCUGGCGCGUCACCCGGGACAAAGCCGUGGAGGUGCAGGUGCUGCUUCUGGACGACCUGCUGGUGCUGCUGCAGCGGCAGGAGGAGCGGCUGGUGCUGCGCUGGCACAGCCGGGCCCUGGCGCCCGCGCCCGACGGCAAACAGACGCUGAGCCCCGUCAUCCGCCUGCGCUCCGCCAUGACACGAGAGGUGGCCACAGACCACAAGGCCUUCUACGUGAUCAUCAGCUGGGACAGCGGCGCCCAAAUCUACGAGCUGGUGGCGCAGAGCGCGGCCGAGAGGAAGCUGUGA